CAAGAAUCGAACUUAUCAUUUUCAUUAUAAAUUAAUUAUUUUAAUAAUUUUUUGUUGCCCACAGUAUCAGAGCUUGCAAAAUCAAGAAUUUGCAGUAUGCCGGAGCAUGAAAAUUACAAAAUUGAGGUUGAAAAAAGUCAAUGCAAUAAAGAAAAUUUACAUGACGACAAUGAUUUUAUGCCAGAGGAAUUGCCAGUGUUGUCGUCAGACCUAAACUGCGGAACAGCAUGUUUAGGCCAAGAAGAAUAUGAAGAUACCAAUAAAUGUAUGGUAUUGGAAACAAAUAGAAAUGCUGGAUGCAUUACCGAUGAUGGGUUGAGUGAAAUAUACAAUGAACAUGAACAAACUUCAAGUUUGAAUUUACAAAAUAAAAAUGAAGAGGUGAAAUAUAAAUGUGAACAUUGCGGAAAGAAUUUCAAUUUAGCUGCAUUGACUACUCAUUUGGGAAUUAAAAUAGAGGAGAAGCAAUUUGAAUGUGAUUAUUGUGUAAAGAAGUUUGACAGCAGAAGUGAAUUGGAAGCACAUUUGAUGAAACACAUUGGAGAAACAACGCCAUAUGAAUAUGGCGAUUGUGGAAACAACAAUAAUGAUGAUUUAGGAAAAUACACUGAAAAGACAACAUGUGAAAGUGAAAGUUGUGAAAAAAUGUUUGAAGAAAGUGGCAAUUUCAAAAAUGUUCCACAAGCAUCAGACACACCAUAUACAUUUGAGCAUUGUGGAACAAAAUCAAAUCAUUCUGGUAGAUUAAAUAGGCGUUUAAAUAUGCACACAAGACAGUUGCCGUUUCAAUGCCAACAUUGUGGGAAAACAUUUAAUACCAAUACUAUUUUAAAACUGCAUUUGAUGACACACACACAAGAAACAAUACAUGCAUGUGAACAUUGUGAAAAGAAAUUCGGUAACAGUGGUAAUUUAAAAAGACAUUUGAGGAUACACACUGGAGAAAAACCACAUGAAUGUGAACAUUGUGGAAAGAAGUUCAAUCAAAGUGGUAGCUUGAAAACACAUUUGAGAAUACAUACAGGAGAAAGACCCUAUGAAUGCGAACACUGUGGGAAGACAUUUAAGUGUAACAAUGUUUUGAAAGGGCAUUUGAGGGUACAUACAGGAGAGUCACAUGACUGUGAACAUUGUGGAAAGAAUUUUAAUCACAGUAGUAGUUUAAAAACUCAUUUAAGGAUACACACAGGAGAAAGACCUUAUGAAUGUGAACUUUGUGGAAAGAAGUUUAAUCAUGGUGGUAGUUUAAAAACACAUUUGAGAAUACAUACAGGAGAAAGACCUUAUGAAUGUGAACAUUGUGGAAGGAAGUUUAAUCACGGUGGUAGUUUAAAAACACAUUUGAGAAUACAUACAGGAGAAAGGCCCUAUGAAUGUGAACAUUGUGGAAAGACAUUUAAGUGUAACGGUGAUUUGAAAGGGCAUUUGAGGGUACAUACAAGAGAGAUGCCUUAUGACUGUGAACAUUGUGGAAAAAAGUUUAAUCACAGUAGUAGUUUAAAAACACAUUUGAAAACACACACAGGCGAAAAACUAUAUGAAUGUGAACAUUGUGGAAAGAAGUUUUAUCAAAGUUUCAAUUUAAAAAGCCAUUUGAGGGUACACACGGGAGAAAAGUCAUAUGAAUGUGAACACUGUGGGAAGAAGUUUUAUCGAAGUGAUCAUUUGAACCACCAUUUAAGGAUACACACAGGAGAAAAACCAUACGAAUGUGAAUAUUGUGGAAAGAGGUUUAACCAAAGUAGUAGUUUAACAAGCCAUUUGAGGAUACCUCAUCUCGCCUCACUCUCCUCUUCCUGCCAUGAGGCACAUACAGUAAGGCCAUAACAUAAUCUUUCCAUUUAUCCCGGUCUCUUGCUGUUUCAUCAGCCGCUUUCCAAAAUCUCCACCUAAUUGCUGUCCUUUCCUGCUCCGCUGUUUUCCUCCAUGUUGUCUUUGGUCUUCCUCUUUUCCUUUUCCCUUCUGGUUGCCGUGUCAUUGCCACUUUGCUGCUGUUAUUUGCUGGUCUUCUAAUUUCAUGACCAAUCCACUGCCACCUCCUCUUUCUGACCUCUAUCCUAAUUUCAUAGUUCUACAUUGCUUAUCUUGUUGGGCCAUCGAACCUUUAGUAUUCUCCGUAGGCAUUUAUUUUAGAAUGUAUUCAACAAUAAGCUUCAUAAAGCAUAGGGCCUACAUUGAAAACUCCUAAUAAAUCGAAGAUGUGCAUUUUAGGCGUAUAAACCCAGAAUAAACUUUCAUUCGUUUGGCAAUUGAAGUAUUAAUAAAACAGAUUAAACGAAUAAGCAGUGGUACCACAAUCAUGUAUGCUUUCGGCGUACGUAUGUAGUAGGGUAACAAUCUGGAUUGUAGGCUAGCCCUCCGUUGAUAUCAUUUAUUUUAUUGAGCUUUUCAGUUUUGUUUUUGGAAAUAUUAAGAAGCAGGGACCAUGAACAUUUUAACAGACUUUAGUUCUUGCACAAUCAAAGGGGAUUAAAUAAUAUAAAAUGCUCCCUGCUGCCAACACAUGCCACUUUUGCUUCUCCAAAAACACUGCAAUUUGCAGAGUAUUAUUAUCAGUGGAUAUCAUCAGGUGGUCCGCAUUCCCGUUCGGGCGACAACUGGAAAUGGACGUUUCCAGAUUUUUCCUGUGUUAGACUCCACAAAAAACUCGCCCGAACGCACCCCAAGUAUCAUGUUUAUCUGUGUUUGAAAACUUGGCUGGUAAAUCGAUUUAAUUAGACUUAAACCAUUUUUUAUACAUGUAAAGGAAUAUUUGUAUUGGAUACACAUUGGAUAAUGAUUACCGUAUUAAUGUUCCGUUUUCAGUUUGAUUUUAUAUUUAUUAUGAUGUGCAAAGAAACCUCAAGAAAAUGGACUUUGUAAAAUUGUUAGAUAAAGUACUGUAUAGCUUGUCGUGUCACUGAGAAACUUCACUCUCUCUCAUAAUAGCUAGGUUCACAUUCAGAGUUUAUCAUGUUCAAGCCAGUCCGUCAUUUUAUGUGAACUUACAAGAAUCUGUGCUCAGCUUAAUCACCUAGUGGAGCAUCAUGAUUCAUCAUGAUUAACCUUGAUAAAAUGAUAAAUUAAUUCAUGAGAU